AUGGCGGAUGUUCGAUCGUUACUUCGAAAUGAACUGGCUUCUCGCAAAGGCUCAAAUCAGACCGGAAGAGCAGCAACGACAACAACAAACCGUGUUACCAAGAAGCGCAAGGUAGAUCCUGAAGAUGACUUGACGCGCAAGAAAAUGAGACACGCGAUCGCAAACGCGGAUCCAAAGUCAGCGAAUAUUCGUACUGUACAGCCACCGAGUGCCCAGUCCCUUGAUGAAGACAUUGAACUCUCAGAGCAAGAUACUGCUGGCCCGGAACCCCCAUCAGACGAAGACGCCGAGCAGAUUUCCGCUCAACCUAGUGCACAACCAUCUGAGGCAGCAGCGGCAUCGAAUAACACGACUGAGCAAGCCAAGACAAUUGAUGAAGACGAGUGGGCUGCUUUUGAGCGUGAAGUAGCGGCCCCAACCCGGGCACCACAAGCGCCUGCCGCUGUCGCCGCACAGGCGACGAUAUCAGCGGCACCGGUUUCCGCCGAGCAGCUGGCAGCACAACAAGAGAAAGAGAAUGACACAAUAGCCCGUGGUCGUGAGGCCGAGGCCGAAGGUGAACGAGAAGACGCAGCCCGCUUCUUAGAAGACGAGUUCGACGAGAUGGAACAGCUAGAGGAGCGGGUUAGACGGUUGAAGCACAAACGUGAGGAGCUAAGAAAUAUGAGGGCCACAGGGGUUCAAGAUGUUGGUUUGAUGGAUGGUCCAGCUUCGGGCGCCACAGUGUCAGGCCAUGAAAAGGGCCAGGAAGAUGAAGAAAAUGACGACGACGAUGAUGACGAUGACGAUGACGACUGGGAUAACUGGAGAUUCAGGUAA